AUGGCAGACAAUGAAAUAGUAGAAGUUAAUCCCCGAAGUUGGAUUUGGGAUUGGUUCAGCUGGUCAGGAAAUUCUGCAACAAUGCUGAGAACAGCUGAAAAAAAAAUACUUUCACAUUUAAAAAGUGCUUACCGAGGACUGUACGUCGACAUUGGUGCUAGUGUUGGUACAGCAGAUAAAAUUUGGACGAUUUCACUCAAUGAACAAUCUCCUAAAACCCCUAUUGUACUUCUUCAUGGAUUAGGAGCUGGAGUAGCGCUAUGGUGCCUUAAUCUUGAUAGCCUUUCACAAGAUAGACCAGUUUAUGCGAUAGAUCUUUUAGGAUUCGGAAGAAGUAGUCGACCAAAUUUUAGUAACGAGGCGCUAAAAGCUGAAACUCAACUAGUACGCUCAGUUGAAGAAUGGAGAAGAGAAAUGGAGUUAGAUAAAUUUGAUUUAUUAGGACAUUCUAUGGGUGGUUUCCUCGCUGCCUCGUAUGCAAUACAAUAUCCAAAUCGAGUACAACAUCUUAUUCUUGCUGAUCCUUGGGGAUUUCCAAAAAAACCAACCGAUGCACACACAAGAUACAAUAUACCUUUUUGGGUAAAAGCUAUUGCGUUUAUGGUGCAACCUCUCAAUCCUUUGUGGGCAGUGCGAUUUGCUGGUCCUUUUGGUCAGUGGCUUAUAGAAACUACACGGCCAGACAUUGUAAAAAAAUAUGUUCCAGUUCUUAAAGAUGACGCAAAUUCAAUUUUCCAAUAUCUUCAUCAGUGUAACACUCAAACACCCUCCGGUGAAAGUGCAUUUCAUGCAAUGAUGGAAGGUUUCGGUUGGGCAAAAAAUCCUAUGAUCGAACGAAUUCAUCUAAUAGAUGAUGAAGUACCGAUAACAAUGAUUUAUGGUAGUCGAUCUUGGGUAGACAAUUCUGCAGGAGAAGCAAUUAGACAAAAGCGAGAAAAGUCUUAUGUUAAUAUUCAGGUCAUAUCAGGUGCUGGUCAUCAUGUUUACGCCGAUAAAAGUGAAAUUUUCAACAAACAUGUUCUUGAAGCGUGUGAGUUGAGUGACAACAUACCUAAACUCACAUCACAACAUGUCAAACAAUCUGCAAAAAUUUUUCCUCGAAAACUUGCUCCAUUACCAAUUGACUCCACAGAUUCAAAAUCCGAAAAUGAAGAUGACAGUCAGAAUGAAACAUUGCCAGGUCAAACAUCAACUAAUUUUGAACCUAAGACAAUUCGCCCGAAAACGACCUAA